CACACAGAGGGCGUCACGCGGUCAGCGAAGUCAAGUCAAUGCAAGAUGAACGCAACGCUCUGAAGUGACCAGGGAUGGUUUAUUUGGAAGACUCGAAGGAUACAUUUCUGUAGCGUUUCCUAAGUUUCAGGUCCUUAGGAACUUUCUUCAAUAUCCGUGACUGUCAUUUAAAUCGCCAUCAUGGGUGAUGUGAUUUCUACCAACCUGGACGAAGGCAAGCGGGAGAUGAUUACAGCCCGCACCAGCACUGUGAUGGCAGAGUUUGGGAGGUUUUAUGAGCAGCAGUAUGCCGUGGCUUUGUUCAACAGUGUGCGCUACGAGAUCGAAGGAGGAGGGAAUACCCAGACACAACUGCUACACAGAAAGGACCCUCUGAAGAACAAGUCCAUCUUCUCUGGAAGUCUGUUUCAGUAUCUGGAAGAGAGCAAAAAAUGGAGGAGCCGCUUUUUGUAUGUGGGCGACUCCUACAACAUCAGCUUGUAUGAGAGCAAAGCGGCACAUGAUCGAGGUCUCCACUCCAAAGGGGUCAUUAACUGUGCCGGGUACAGAGCCCUGACCUCUAUGGAGGAAUACCUGGGACUUCUCAACAAUAGCCUGGGUGAUACAAAGGCCAAAUCAGCCAGCGCCCCGUUUCUGAAAUGCCCCACACAGUUUCCCCUCAUCCUGUGGCAUCCAUACGCCCGCCAUCACUAUUUCUGCGUCAUGACGGAGAAAGAACAGAAGAAGUGGCAUGCUGUCUUCCAGGACUGUGUGAGACACAGCAACAACGUUCUUGUGCUUUUAGCCCAAAUGGGAAAUGCUCCAGUGAACGGAACGAUAACGCAAAUGGACAAUGCAGUGCACACGUUUGAGCAGUUGGUCCAUCAGAGUCUAGACGGCCACAGCACGGAGGAUCUCUGCAAGACCAUCCAGCGCUGUCAGGACCGUGUACUCAAAAAAUAUGACUAUGACAGCAGCACAGUGAGAAAGAAGUUCUUCAGGGAGGCUUUGCUUCAAAUUAUUAUACCGUACAUGCUGAAACAGCUCUCCCCUUCGUGUUCACCGAUUCUUGCUAACCUGGUGAUGGAGACUUUGCACCCUGAACUGAAAAAUCUGAUCGUACCUCGGCUGAAAGGAAAACUACAACAGAGACAGAGGGACUGGAUGCUGAUCUCAGAUGCAGUAUACAGACAGGUGCUGUCACAGACAAAGACUCAACACGAAGCUCUGGCUCAAGUAUGUGAGGUGGAGCGCCCCCGUCUGGACUCUGCUCUACGCACAGAUAUGGACCAAAUCAUCACGUCCAAAGAGCACGUUUCAGCAAAGAUCCGUGCAUUGGUUUUACCCUGCAUUGAACAGCUUGUGAGAAGCAAGGUUCAGCCCUACAUCCAUUCUAUCCUGGAGGCCCUCAUGGAGCCCACCAGCAGAGGCUUCUCUGAAGUGAGGGAUAUCCUCUUCAGUGAGCUGGUGGAGGUCAGCAAGAACACAAUGAACGAUAGCAGCAGGGAAAAACUGGGAGAGCAUAUGGACAAGAUUUCCAUGUUGGCCUUCCAUCCGGUGAAGAUGCAGAGUUGUUAUGAGAAGAUGGAGGCGCUGAAUCUUGAAGGCCUCCAGCAGAGAUGUGACGUGUCCAGUCCCUCUGUGUUCAUCCAGAGAGCUCAGAUCCUCAUGAGACAGCAAAUGGACAAUGCAGUGCACACGUUUGAGCAGUUGGUCCAUCAGAGUCUAGACGGCCACAGCGCGGAGGAUCUCUGCAAGACCAUCCAGCGCUGUCAGGACCGUGUACUCAAAAAAUAUGACCAUGACAGCAGCACAGUGAGAAAGAAGUUCUUCAGGGAGGCUUUGCUUCAAAUUAUUAUACCGUACAUGCUGAAACAGCUCUCCCCUUCGUGUUCACCGGAUCUGCCCAAGUUCAAGGAGCUCAUCUUUGAGGACUUCUCUAGAUUCAUACUAGUAGAGAACAUCUUUGAGGAAGCUGUCCUGCAGUCAGUCAGCAAGGACAUCAUGAUGGCUGUGAAGGAAGCUGCGGUCCAGAGAAGGCACAACCUGUACAGAGACAGCAUGGUCCUGACCAACAGUGACCUCAACCUGCACCUUCUGGGAGAGGACACCAUCGACUGGGCUGGCCAGUUCGGAGGAGUAAAAGGAGAGAAGCAAGGUGGCGAAAUGGCCAACAGGAAACGCAAACAGAUCGUCUCCAUGAUCCACCUGGACGGGAUACCUCUGCCAUACGAGUCCUGCCAGGAAAUACCAGGAGUGGACUGCAUCCCAGAGGAGUACGAAGGGCAGGCAGGACAAGAUCUUGAAUCCAAAAAGCCUGUGAACCCAGUACAGCACGUACCUAUCGAGAAAGAGCCAGGUUCUCCUGACGGCGUCAAUGAGAUCCGAGACCUCAUAAACCCAGUGCUGGAAGUUGUCGAAAAAGACAGCUCACAGUUGACCAAUGGGAUGUUGUCUUUGGAAGAGGGCGAUGAGGUGAAGCACAUCACAACAGUAACAGAUAUGGUGCCAAGGGAGUCACCAAAAAAGGUUGACAGAGAAUCCACACAGAUUGAACGGUCUUUAGAAGAGCAGCAGUGCGUAUCCGCCAUUGAAAGUGCCAUUCAACAGAUCGAGAUCGCCAUCCAGGAAGACCCCGGCGAUCACCUGAGCGAAUGCGCCAUUGACUCUGAUGGGGAAUUCGCUCAAACCUCUAUCAACUCCAGCCCUCUUCAUCACGAUGACAGUGGGUUUCAGUCUCCAGCCAAUGAGAAUGUAGAAGAAGUGGAGCCUCAGCCUGACACGGGGGACGAGGUGGUGGACACGGAGCAGGUUAUGUUAACUCUGGUGGAGGGAGUGAAAACUAGCAUUGAUUUAGACGCCAAAGCCCCUUGUGAUGCUUCAGAAAAGAAAUCGGAAAUUGAAACCACAGCAGAUAGAUGUCUGCUUUGAGUGAGAUAUAAAACAUAUUUUAUAAACUGAAAGUGUUUGCCGAGACACUUUUGUUUGCUUUCCAUCUUCAACACUUUAUGGUUGAUAUUUCAGCCAAUUCGUUGUUUGUUUUAUUUUAUUUUUAAUUUGUUUUAUUUUCUGUUCUUGCAUUUUGUGGAUGUUUAUCGAGGAGAAAUUUGUGUGCAUAUAUUCUCAUACAGUAUAUACACAGAUUUAUGACCUUAUGUGCCUUUUUUUUAUGUAAUUCAUGACUCCCACACUAAUUAUUAUGUGGCAGAGGUUUCAUAAACUAACUGUCAUUAACUUGGACAGUUCCAUUUCAUAGGGGCCAUCUGAAACUUUAGUCUUUUUUGCCUUCCGUUAAUUGUGGAACAUAUUCAAAAACUAAUUGUACAUGUAUAAAUUCAGCGUAGUUAAGCACUUAAACAAUAACUCUGCAAAUGCAUUCAAAUAAAUUAAAGCUGGCUUUUUAAUGCUUGUAGACACUUCUUUGUGGUUUAAAAAUAUUUUUCUAUAGAAUGCAGACAUGCUGUGACCCAGAUUCACAUCCUCCACCUGUACAUGUGUGUUAUGGAGGAUGGAAACGUCAUUACCCAUUUGCAGAUAGAGCUCCGAUCUUCUAGGCAAAGGAUUGAAGUAGGUGUAGAAAAAUCCUCAGUCAGCUCACAUCUUAGUUCAGUAACUUUGUGGAAACCAUAGAGGAAAAAUUUGGGGAGCUUAACUCAUGAUGUGUGAAUGUGAGGAAUUCUGAGGUGUCGUUCAGGACGGGUGGGCAAAGGUUUGCUCUGGCAUGUAGCUGUGGGAAUUUUUUAUUUUUUUUUGCUAGGAUCACAAAAGUUAAUCAUUACUGGACAUGUUUUCUGCUCAUUUAUUGAAGCUAAGCAACAUAUUGUAGCUCCACAGAUAUUUCACUGGUUAUUUUCUGUUAUUUAUUUUAAGUGUUGUGAUUUUAUUUUCUGCAUUUUCUGUUCCUUUUGUAAGGCAGCAAUGGAGAAAUAAAUGACAUUAUUUUGAAA